CCGGGGGGCUGACGCCACCAUUCGGAGCCCCAGUGGGAGGGAGAGGACAUCUGAGCAGCAGCGUCUCCACUCCACGAAGACUCCAGCUCAAUGGCGGCCCGCUUCCUCCUGGGCAUCCUCCUGCUGCAGAUGCCUCCGCCAGCCCCCGCCCCCUGCCACACGGCCGCACGCUCGGAGUGCAAGCGCAGCCACAAGUUCGUGCCCGGUUCGUGGCUGGCCGGGGAGGGUGUGGAUGUGACCAGCCUCCGCCGCUCGGGCUCCUUCCCAGUGGACACACGCAGGUUCCUGCGGCCCGACGGCACCUGCACCCUCUGUGAAAACGCCCUAGAGCCAGGCGCACUCCAGCGCCUGCCCCUGGCAGUCACGGACUGGCAUGCCCAGGGCUCUGGCUGCCAGCGCCGCGUGGCCAAAGCCAAAGCCAGCUCCACCGAAGCCGUGGCUCAGGAGGCGUCUGGCAACAUCCGAAACGACUGGAAGGUCGGCCUGGACGUGACUCCCCACCCCACCAGCAACGCACAUGUGUCCGUGGCCGGCGCACACUCCAAGGCAGCCAACUUCGCGGCCCAGAAGACCCACCAGGACCAGUACACCUUCAGCACUGACUCGGUGGAGUGUCGUUUCUACAGUUUCCACCUGGUGCACACGCCCCCACUGCACCCCGACUUCAAGAGGGCCCUCAGGGACCUGCCGCCCCACUUCAACGCCUCCACGGAGCCCAGCUACCUGAGGCUCAUCUCCAACUACGGCACCCACUUCAUCCGGGCCGUGGAGCUGGGCGGCCGCAUCUCGGCCAUCACCGCCCUGCGCACCUGCGAGCUGGCGCUGGACGGGCUCACGGCCAAGGAGGUGGAGGACUGCCUGAACGUCGAGGCCCAGGCCAGCAUAGGCAGCCACGCCAGCACCUCGGCCGAAUCCAAAGCCUGCGAGGAGAAGAAGAAGCGUCACAAGAUCGAGGCCUCCUUCCACGAGACCUACAGGGAGCGCUUCUCCGAAGUGGUCGGCGGCCACCACGCCUCCCUGCACGACCUGCUGUUCGGGAGCCAGGCUGGGCCUGAGCAGUUCUCAGCCUGGGUGGCCUCGCUGGCCGGCAGCCCCGGCCUGGUGGACUACACCCUGGAGCCUCUGCAUUUCCUCCUGGAUAGCCGGGACCCGCGGCGGGGGGCGCUGAGGCUGGCCGUGAGCAAGUACCUGACCGACAGGGCCCGCUGGAGGGACUGCAACCGGCCGUGCCCCCCAGGGCAGCAGAAGAGCCCCCUCGACCCGUGCCAGUGCAUGUGCCACAGCACGGCGGCCACUACCCGGAACUGCUGUCCACGGCAGAGGGGCCUGGCCCGGCUGGAAGUGACCUCCUUCCAAGCAUGGAACCUGUGGGGAGACCUGGUCACUGCCACCGACGCCUACGUAAAGGUCUUCUACCGCGGCCGGGAGCUGAGGACGUACACCGUGUGGAACAAUAACAACCCCAGCUGGACAACAAGACUGGACUUUGGGGAAGUGAUCCUCGCCACAGGGGGGACCCUGAGGGUGCAGGUCUGGGAUGCGGACAGUGGCUGGGACGAUGACCUCCUUGGGACCUGUGACGAAACUCCAAAGUCUGGCUCACACGUGGUGAGAUGCAACCUGAACCACGGCCAGCUGAAAUUCCUCUACCAUGCCAAGUGCUUGCCCCACUUGGCAGGGGGAACCUGCCUGGAGUACACCCCGCAAGGGCUUCUAGGCGAGCCCCCAGGAAACCGGAGUGGGGCCGUGUGGUGAGAACUUUGAGGGGACCCGUAUGCUUGGACUGAACAGGUUCUCCCAGUGGGAGCCGGCCCUGUCUUCCUAUUCCCAUUAGACAGAUGGAAAACUGAGGCUCAGCCUGUUUUUCACUGUGGUGGCUGAAUGUAGCGACCAACCCUGAUCCUCCCUGACCAGCCCGCCUUAGCGCUCCAGUGUACCCGAGUCCACAGCCCCUGCCUCCCAGCCGCGGCUUCGGCCAGGAGCUGGGCAGAGGCCCCCGGCCAUUCCCACCAGGCUGCCCAGUGCCCUUCUCUUCAGAACCCCCCUUGAGUCCUUUCUGGGGAGCCCCUGUGGCCCCAGUUGCUCUGUCUGCUCUGUCUUCUCUGCCCAUCGAGCUUUGACACUCAGACAGGUCAAAGGCUCUCCUGUCCUGUCUUACUGUGUCCCAGCUUGACAGAGGGCCAAUAAACACGAUGUGAUGGUGCCCAUGACGGUGUCAGUAUGUCAGAGGAGAGGACGGGGCCACAUGCAUCCUAGAGAUAAACUUCCACGUUAGCAACCCACAGAAAACAGGCAGGCAGGCAGGCAGGCAGGCAGGCAAUGCAAAGAAACUGUUUUUCCACUUUUGUUAGAAAUGGGGGACCGAAAAUAUUUUGCUUUCCACGUGACUCUCUGACCCAAGAACAGCGGCACAGACUUGGGGGUAAAGGGUGAGGCACAUUCAGCCCCCCGCUGAAAGGCAAGAGGGAACCGCCAGGCACCCGUCUCACCUCCACGGGAGGCUGCGGCCCCGCCCAGACGAACAUUCCAUGCAGCAAUGGGAGCCCAGGGCUGCCAGGUCUUCUCGUUUUUUAAAAUAACCAGAAAGCCCACUUUGACUUCUAGCAGCGGCAGUUAAUAUUUCACUUUGUGAAAAUAAACCUUUGUGGGCAAACUCAGUAACAGAGAACACGUGCGUGGGCCACAACUGGUCGAGGCUAUCGGUUUUGAAAACUAUGCUUUCAACAAAACCCAUUCGCAC